AUGGACCCCUUCAGCGCAUUGGCCAUCGCGGCUGCCGUCGUCCAAUUCGCCGAGUUUGGGGGCAAAAUACUGAAGAGGACUUGGGAUAAAUACCUGAUCGUCUACAAAGGCUCAGAUUCCGCUUAUCACGUUGCCCAGGAAAGUUCCGAUUUGACUGCGCUCACAAUAGAAAUUUCUGAGUUGGCGAAAGCCGUUCAAAUUUAUUCUGAUGGGGUUGUGGCUGGGGGCUCUUUAGCGGAAUCCCAGUUACUCAAGCUUUGUACGGAGUGCGAGAGCAUUGAGACCGAGUUUAAACCCGUUUUAAACAGGAUCGACAACCGUAAAAGGCGAACUAUCGACAAAGAUGAUAAGCGAGCUAGGAAUAAGAUUCCUCGCCUUGCUCUAGCAGGUCUCUGGGAUAGACACAAAAUCGAUCAGAUGGACAAUCUGGACAAAGAUCAAAGCUUUGCUGACUUACGCAGGGCUGACUCAAAGAAAACAGCAAAGUGGGAAUUGCAUUUCACAGAAACGUUGGAUACUAUCCUCGGAAUCUUGGCAAGAGUUGAAAAAUCAACAUCAGAACAGGCUGAGAGUACAAGGGACAUGAAGGGUAGCAAGCGUUCUGACCCUUUAACUCUAGAGUUGGAUGACAUUUGUCAGACGUUAACCUCAGAAGAUGCUAACUCGAGAUUGCUUGCCAGUGGAGUCGACGGGAAGUUAAGAGAAGUAAUUUCUUCUCUGAUAAAAGCUCGCGAAUCUAUCUCCCUUCAAAGGGUAGGCCAGGAGAUCACCGCAGCUCUAACAAGUAGUGAUUCCGCUGACGCAAAGAACGUCCGGGCUGAAUUAGUGCGGUUGCUCUGGAAUAAGAGAUGGACCUUGGAUAGCUCAAUGGCCAUGUUUGCAACGGACCAAGUCCACGGUAAACCAGAACUUACAGAUGUCGGUAGGGAUAUUUCUCAUGGCCUCUACUUCGACUCCAUGUACGAUCGCGAAGAUGCAGUUGCCAACAAUUUCGAGGCUACGUACGAAUGGAUCUUCCAGCAUGAACCUAAGAAAUCAGAUGGCAAGGUUCUCUGGUACAGCUUUCCAGAGUGGCUUGCUGAAGAGUCAAAUACACCUUAUUGGAUAACUGGCAAGCCUGGGUCGGGAAAGUCUACCAUCAUGAAAUUGAUAGCUCGCCCUGAUAGACUCAGGACCUUCCUCCAGCCCUGGGCAAAGUCAUUACCAAUUGUCAUCACCAAUUAUUACGCCUGGAACUCGGGCUUAAACCUGCAAAAGGCCUGGGAAGGCCUCAAGAAGACGGUUUUGCAUCAAGUCCUCAAUCAAUACCCGAGUGCUGCGCCCAGAAUUGCACCGAGACGUUGGGCUUUGUUCCAGGCACUUCGAGGAAUGGUAGACUUCCCCGAUUGGGAAGAAUGGGAGAUCGAUGAGUCUUUCCAGGCCCUCAUGAAUGAGUGUGGAGUUUCAAUGGCGAUGGCUCUUUUUGUCGAUGGCCUCGAUGAGUUUGAGAUACCCCCAGCCACGGUUGUUUCAAAUAUACGCUCCAUGGCCAAUGACGCUGCUCAAGGCAUCAAGGUCUGUGUUGCAAGCCGGCCGUGGACGGAAUUUGAAGAUGCUUUCAACGAUGGACCCAUGCUUCAGAUGCACCUUCUGACUGAGGAUGACAUGAUGACAUUUGUAACGAACAGUUUUCAACAGAACAGAGGGUAUAUCGAGCUGAAAAAUGUUUACCCUCGUCAAAUUGCCAAGCUCACUGACGAUGUAGUGCAAAAGGCAGACGGGGUGUUCCUAUGGGUAUCUUUCGUAGUCAUGGAGCUCAUCGAUCUCUUUACGGCAGGCGACAGUAUGGCCCAGCUCCAAGAAACACUGGAGAAGCUUCCAACGAAUCUGUCUUCGCUCUUUGAUGCUAUAUGGGCCCGAGUACCCCACCGUCACCUACCUGAUGCCUGUGCCAUGAUUCGACUGGCAAGGAGUGCAUAUGGACCCUUACCGUGGCUUUUGAUGUGGCUCGCUGACGAGUCUCGAUCUAUAGAAGUCGACCCAAGCGCCAUGUCUCCAGAAGUGAAAUACCACGCCAAAAGAGGACUCAAGCGUAGACUUGCUACGCGUACUCGAGGCAUAUUGGAACUCAGUGGGGCCGCCCAAGAAGUCGUCAACUUUGCUCAUCGUACGACGAGGGACUGGGUAAAACAAGCGCACAUAUGGGAGGAGCUAUGUGCUUCGUGCGAAAGCAAUUUCGAGCCACAUCUAGUCUUGCUGCAAGCCGAAACUCUAUUGAUGUUUGACAGUGAAACCACUUCGGACUAUCCACCAAGUCACUUCUGGCUAGCUAUCAUGAGAGCCUUAUGGUACGCUAGCCAGUUCUCGGCUCGUAGCUCGCAAGACAAGUUGGGGGCUCUGAUUCAAACACUAGACACAUUGGAUAGGGCUGCUUCGGAGGCUUUUUGGAGGGCUCAAGGCGCAUGGCCGACAGUCUACCAACUCCAAGGUCCAGAUAUACACUGGUCAUCAGUCCAAGACGUGUUUGACCACAGAAGAGGACUUCCCAACACAUUCCUGGGCCUGGCGGCUCAAUUCUCCAUCCUUCCCUACUUGGAAUCUAGACUACAUACGAGGAGGAGCUUUCUCCAACAAUGGAAUUCGAAGGACGGGAUAGGUCUCUUAGAGAAUGCAGUUUUUGGCUACAAGUACUACAUGGCGGAGAACUUCGACCCCCCUAAUGGAUUACCAACCAUCAAUCGCAAUCAAAGGUUGGCUGCAGUUCAGUUCCUGCUGGAUCGUGGUCUCCGACAAGCGAAAGGGCAUUCUAGGCACCACCAAGUUUCCAUUCGCGAUGAACUAAGGUGCCUGGCAGGUGAAGAAGGUCAAGAUAGCACUUAUUACUCGGAGGUGAUCAGGUGCCUAGACUCUGCAAGCCUGUUGCAGUCUACUUUUCGGCGUUUUAAAUCAGUCCUCCAUAAAUAA